AUAUUACGUGGAUUUUGGUGGUUUUGGGAAGUUUUUGAAUCUUAUUUGCCAUUUAUCCAGAAUUAAUAAUUUUUUUAAAGUUAUUCAUUAUUAUUUGUAUGUCUUUGUACCUUUCUUCGAACCGACAAAACCAGAUUUAAUAAUACACAGAUAAAAUAAUUAGAGAAAUAUAAAUUCUGGUAGCACAUAAUGUCGACAUGGAUAAAAGAAAAUUGUACAUCAUUCAUACACUUGUUUUGCAUUAAAGUCUUAAAGACAGGACGAAUACCACAACAUGUAGCCUUUAUUAUGGACGGCAACCGUCGAUUUGCUAGGAAAAAAAAUGUUAAUACUACCGCUGGUCAUACUAAAGGGUUUGAGAAACUUUCAGAAGUUUUAAAGUGGUGCCUUGACCUUGGCAUUCCUGAAGUAACAGCAUAUGCAUUUAGUAUUGAAAAUUUUAAGAGGAGUAAGGAAGAAGUAGAUUCCUUAAUGGCACUAGCUAGAGAGAAAUUUGAGCGCUUAAUUGAUGAAAUUGAUAGUAUAAACGAAUGGGGAGUAAGGAUUCAUAUUGCGGGUCGCAUGUCUCUUCUGCCAGAAGAUUUGCGAGCAACAUUAGCUAAAGCAGUGUUGGCUACAAGGAAAAAUAACAAACUGCACCUUAAUAUUGCAUAUGCGUAUACCGGUCGUGAUGAAAUAAGCAGAGCUGCCUCUCACAUAGUGGACGGUGUCAAUAAUAAUGAAAUAUCACCUGAUGAUAUAGAUGAAGAUCUUGUCUCUCAAGCCAUGGACUUUGGAGAACCCGAACUAUUGAUAAGAACAUCUGGUGAAGUGAGGCUCUCUGAUUUUAUGCUGUGGCAGGUGUCUAAUACGGUACUUUACUUUAGUGAAGUUUUGUGGCCCGAAUUUACAAUAUGGAACUUUUUGAUAGCCAUUAUACAUUUCCAAAGACAUGCACCACCAUUACAAGAAGACAAAGAAAAAACUCCAAUUCAAAUACAAUUUUUGAAAAAUUUAGAACUUAAGAAAACGCGCGAAUGGGAACAUAUUCUCGGCUAUUAGAUUAAAUAAUGUAAUUAUGUAAUUUAUUUUAGAAAGGACUUUAAAUUUAAUCUUUGCACUUUGAUGCGAGACUGCAGAAAAUUCUAAUUGUUUUUUUUUUUUUUUUUCUAAGAAUACUUGAAAUUCUUCUUACUUAGCAACUGUUCAUGUAAAUAUAAAAAAAAAUUUAUAAAUAAUAAUAACAAUAGUAUGUAGAUGAGAAAGAUAUGCUUGUAGUUACUUAAAUAAACAUAUUUUCAUUUAUUACAUUGGCUUUAUAUUUAAUGUUUUUAUGAUUGAAAAAAAAAUCUGAUUAUUAACAUAAAGUGAUCUAAAACCAA